AUGAAGGCACAGAACUCCACCCUGCAGAUUCUCAUCGAAGCUAUCCUGAACGCCUCCGAAGACGAGGUGCCAGAAAUUGUCCGGAGAAUCAGGACUUGUGACAGCCUCGAUACUGUUGCCCAGCAGAUUUUGCGGCGAGAAGUAAUGUCCCAGGAGACUGCGGAAAACGACGAAGGGGAAGACGAGUAUCCCGCUGACCAACCCAUGGAGGGUGAAAGAGAAUUGGCCCGCAAAAUGGGCGAGCUACGCCUAGAAAACGGCUCAGUGCGCUUCAUCGGAGGCACCUCCAACCUCAUCUACGUUGACUUGGGUGAAGCUAGCUCCAACGAGCCCGAGUCGGACACAAAUUCGGCUAACGAAGAUCCCGUCACCAGUUGGACUAGGGUGACGAAGGAUAAGGAACUCAUCGCCCAUUUGCUGAACAUGUACUUCAACUAUCACUACACUUACUUUACGACAAUGUCCAAAACGUUAUUUUACCAGGACCUCUUCAAGGGCAAGCACGGGGUAAAUCACUCCAACACUGUUUAUUGCUCGCCAUUACUUGUCAACGCUAUCUUGGCUCUCGGAAGUCACUUCACCAGCGUGCCUGGCGCCUGCGGAACACCAGGCGACAGCCGCACAAAAGGAGACCAUUUCUUCGCCGAGGCAAAACGACUUAUCGUCGAGAAUGACGAGUAUGAACGUCCGAAGCUCACCACUGUUCAGGCAUUGGCCCUCAUGUCCGUUCGGGAAGCCGGGUGCGGGCGAGAGGCCAAGGGAUGGGUGUACUCCGGCAUGGCCUUCCGAAUGGCCCAGGAUCUCGGCUUGAACUAUGAUGAUGGCGGCACAUCAACGGACAAGAAGAAUCUCGGCGAACAAGGGGUGGACGCCAGGAGGGUGACCUUCUGGGGCUGUUUCUUGUUUGACAAGGCAUGGUCCAACUAUCUUGGGCGGCUGCCACAGAUACCCAAAAACUCAUACAACGUACCCAAGUACGAUGUCUUCCCCAACGAGGACGCUGAACUUUGGUCCCCCUAUACGGACGCAGGAUCCGACCAUACCAACAGGCAGCCAUCGAGGACGCGCGCGGUAGGGUUGCAGUUCUCAACACUUUGUGAGAUCAGCAGCGACUUGCUACUGUUCUUUUACCACCCUAACCAUAUUGGCCGGUCAAGCGGCAAGGCUGUGGAGCUGAAGAAGUUGAGCGAGCUGCAUCGGAGGCUCGAGGAUUGGCGCAAGGAACUGCCUCAAGAGCUGGAGCCAAGGGAAGGGCAAAUGCCACACGUGAUCCUUCUCCACAUGUUCUUCCAUCUCCAAUAUAUCCACCUCUUCAGGCCCUUCUUGAAGUAUACGCCAGCAGCGUCCCCGCUUCCGUCGCACGUCUCGCCCAGGAGGAUAUGCACCGCCAACGCUGGCGCCAUGUCAAAGCUGAUGAGGCUGUACAAGAAGUCAUGGAACCUACGCCAGAUCUGUAACAUUGCCGUUUACAUGAUCCACAGCGCCUGUACAAUCCACCUGCUCAACCUGCCCGAGAAGACCGCCAAAAGAGACAUCAUCCACGGCGUAAAACACCUCGAGGAGAUUGCCGAGGACUGGCCAUGCGCCCGGCGGACUUUGAGCAUCAUCAGUGUUCUAGCGCGCAAGUGGAAUGUUGAGCUGCCUGAGGAAGCUUCCGUUGUUCUGCAACGGACUGAUGAGAAGUACGGCCACUUCAACACCUCCGAUGUGCCAACACCACGAUCCAAUACCACCGCUUCACCGUCACAGCAACCAGCAUCACACGUCCCGACGACCACGGAACCAGAGUCAUUCAGCCCAAUCACUCAGUAUAACCUACCCGCAGUGAGCCAAGCAGAUCUUUCUCCCAGCGAUAUCAUUAUGGGAAGCGCGUCCUUGGCACAGAUUAGCGGCGCGGGGCCUCCAGCAAGGUCACGGCCUGCCGACAACGGGCCCAGCAUGAGUAUGACUUCAGAGUCUCUCGGUGGUAGUAGGCUUCCGACCGGCCUUGCCCAGUCUAUGUACCAGCAGCAACAACCACAACGCUUCCCACCAAUGACUAGCGCACAAGGAGGCAGCAUGAGUACCUCACAAGCAGGCGGUUCGGCACCAGGAGUCUCGACGGGCCAGGUAUUCCAGGGGCUCGACCAAGAUUGGUUUCUCAACGACGGCGCCAAGUGGCAUCAGAACUUUGAGGCGUGGAAUAUGCCAGGGUCCAUGCCGACAAACGACCAGAUGUUCAUGUUCACGGACAGCAACAGCGGGAUUCCGCCGCGGCAGUCACCAGAGGACACGACCAAUGCUACGAACUUUGAUAACCUGAGCUCCUUGACUAGUAACGGUUGGCUUCCUGGCCUGGACUAA